AUGAAGCUCCUAUACCUUCGUGCGCUCGUCGUCAGUGGCGUGCUAACCGCCAUGUUCUAUGACGCUUGCGGUGGCUCUGAACGUGAGGCACCGGCACCUGGUGCUCAUGCACUCGAUCACGAGACGGUGAAGACGGCACUGAGUGCCCAAGCUACCACCAGCGCCGAGCAAGAAGAUCGAGGGUGGAAGAAUGUCGACGUUGUCUCUUUCCUCCAUGGCUUGGGUCCAGCCAAGUUCGAGAGGGAUUUUCUUGCUAGUACCACCGCCAGAGUCGGCUACAUCUUCAAGCGUGGAGGUGUCCGUGAAAUACGAGCUCCAUUCUUCUUCGACGGAACGGACGAAAGGGUAGUGAGUUGGAUGGCCUUUUGCCUGUUUCCUCAUCUCGUCGCAUCCCGAAAACCGGACGUUCUUACGGUCGACUACAUCGCCAGCAUACUGGCCGAACUGGACCCGUUAAGAGCGGCAGCCGUGCUCCAACAUGCGAGAAAGGGAGAAGGGACAGAAGCAUGGGCUCAUGAUGUUGAAGCAGCGCUACCCGGAUGGCACAAAGCAGCAUUGAGACAACGGGGGUAUUCUGAUAGUCCCUUGGUGAAAAGUAAGUACGAGAAGCAUGCACUUAAACUGGCCUUUUACACAAAGGUCGUUCAACUAUCGUCGUACUCUGAAUGGUUGUUCAAGCCAACAGCCAAAAAGCGGGUUACCUCACAGCUGAAAAAGGACAUCGCUGACGAACUUCGCAUACUGCCAAUUGCCGAUGCUGCAAUCGUGGUUCAAGUUGCGAAGGAAGCUACGGAGACGCGUCAACUUGCUCUGUACGCUCGGAAACAACUGUUUGGUCGGCUCAACGGUGCGAGUAUUGAUCCUGAUGACUUGGAGAAGGGUUGGUUGCCGGCGGCGAAUUAUUUUGGUGGAAACGGUUACGGGAAACUGGUAAAAGCGUUUGUUGACGAUUACAAGAAGUGGUAUAUGUGGAUGAAUCCCAUGUUUGGAUGA